AUGACCAGGAGCGCUUCCCUCAAGCCGAUAAAGAAAUCCCUCUCGAUCCGGCUUUCAGAGUCGGCUGUUUAUCUUAGAACCGACAAUCCCAGUGGUCGUUCCAGGCGAAAUGCGGACCCAGGUUCUUCAAUGUUGCGCGGGUUGCUCGUGCUCGAGCUUGCCAAACCGAUGAAGGUGUCGAGCAUCGAGCUGGAGCUCACCGCUACAGCACUCAAUGCCUGGCCUGAAGGCACGGGUGCAAGACGCAUCGAGGUCAGCGAAGAACACCGUGCAUUUCAUGCUUCGACAGUGUUCUUCCGAGCUAGUAAAUCGGCUCACUCGACAAGAAGAACGGCAUCCGUUGGUCCAGGAAUCAUAUCAUCGUCUUUUGACCUCGACAACGACUGGGAUGCCGUAGACGAUGAAGAGAUCGACGAUCCUUUACAUCCAGAGAACGACCAUGUCGUACCGGCCACUAAUGUCGACCUCAACCAUUCCAAUAGUGUUACGUCCCACUCACGAAGACCCCAUGCCGCCCAUGAUUCCAACAAUCCUACAGAGCGCCGACGACACCCCAAUCCACUCCUGGCGAGAAACCGCAGGGUCAGCGUGGACUCUCAUUUCUUCCAACGACACCAUGUAUCUUAUCAUGACGAAUACCCACACGAUAUCCCGAUACCCCCUUAUUCCCCCCUCGACCCGAACUUGAAUUCACCCGCCUGGGUUCCAUCUCCUCUUGCCGACCAAUCCUCAGUCAACCUCGUCCCAAUCCGCGAUAGAAGCCCUUCCGCUACUCACGAUCCCGCUCAUGAUUUAGAGGAAUUCAGAGCAUCCCUGAAUACCAGUCUGCGAAACCUUCAGCGUGAUGAUUCUGUUCCAUCAAUACCUGACCGUUCCCUUUCCCGCGUGCCCAGUGGUGGAAUGGAUAAUGUGCCCGAAGAUGAAGGCAUUCCGCCUCCUUCUCAGCGUGGCUCUCUCCACGAUUCGGAUUCAUCGCUGCCGGAAGCAGGGCCCAGUCAAAUACCGCGAUCUCCAGACCUCAGUCUCAAUUCGAGCUCCCCAUCACUCUCUGGAGCCUCGGGGGAAGGCAUACCUGCCAACAGUACCUCUGCCAAUUGCAACGGUUCACCCCGCCUUCCCAGCGGAAACUUUGACUACUCAACCUCGUCAGCGUCCGGUCUUGCGAGUGCGGAUGGCAGGAGUAGACGUAGUCGCUCAAGGUUCAGUCUGUCCUCAAUGGCGGGUGCACUCAGAAACGCUGUACGCUCCCCUUCAUCCUCGCGAAUUCUGUCACAGGCCGAGGCUCUUGAUCGCGCACAUUCACGCACCAGAUCCAUAGACGGCGAACGAAGCGGCAGUCAAGCACCUCGAGGCCGAACGAUGGACCGACGGGAUAUACCGUCCCUCUUCAUUCCCAAUGCUGGCGGGGUCGUCAGUGUCAGCCCAUCCCGACGAACCAGCACUUCACGCAGCAGGAAAUCUCGGCCCCGACCAAGCCUCGAACUCGGACGAAUAUUCGGAGCAGGAUUCGACACUGACCUUCAACCUCGGGAGAAACUGCAGCGGAAGGAGGAAGGCAAUGGGUGGAAGGAAUUCAAAGCGGGAACGUACACCUAUCCCAUUUCCUUCAGUAUCCCCAACACCGCACCACCCACUUUGCACGCCAAUUGGGGAUCUGUUGUCUGGAGACUCAAUGCUACUGUUCACCGUCCAGGGGUAUUGAAGCAGAAACUGGCGAUCAGCAGAGAGGUGACGGUUGUCACCUGCCCGACGGACGAAGACACAGAGGACACGGAAAAUAUCAUUGUAGAGAGACACUGGGAGCAUCAACUUCAGUAUCUGAUUUCGAUAUCGGGGAAGAGCUUCUACAUUGGCGGCACAGUGCCGGUCAGCUUUGCACUUUUGCCUCUGGCGAAAAUCAAGGUGUAUCGACUGAUGGUUUAUAUAGAAGAACGUGUGGACUAUUACACCCGUAUGCACCGCGUAGCCAGGAACGAUCCCGUCCAACAGUUCGAAUUGCUGAGCGUUAAACACGAAGGCGGCAAGAAUGCUCCACAUAUCCUCCCUCUGGAAAGCGAUGACGUAGACAUCCUCCGCAAGUCACCUCUUCAGGCCCUUAUCAAUCCAGAGGACGACGAGUCAGAGGUCGCAUCCAUGUUGAUGGGUCCAGGACCAUGGACCUUCCACCAAGACUUGAAACUACCCGAUUCCUGCGAGACGAUGAGGUUCACGAACAAGAACCGACGCGCGAAUAUCGUCAUAUCGCAUUUAUUGAAGGUGGUUAUGAGGGUAGAACGAGGCGACGAUCUUCACCUCGACAGGAAUGGAAAGAGAAAGCUAUUUGAUAUCGUGGUGCAAACACCGAUCCAGAUUCUCUCUUGUCGAUGCAAUCCUGAAUGGGUAUCCCUGCCGCGGUAUUCAGAGACGUUCAACGAUGAUGCGCCUAUCUAUCCCACCUGCCCUUGCCAGACCAAGAAAAUGAAAGAAGAGCAGACAUGUCUCAGCCCACACCACCACCGCGGCCUCUUGAGCCGGUUACACCACCACCAUCACCAUCAUAACUCUGAAUCGACGACGCAAGGCGACCAGCAUGAACCCCCGCCUGUGCACGAGCCUCCUGCACAUUUGAAUGAUGGAUCCAGCGACGUUUCAACGUUAGAAACGAGCCAGCAAUUCGAACGCCUGGUUGCUGGUUUCGAGAGCGAGUUUGGCGAGCCCCCGCCAGCUUAUACGCCAUCUGGGACUUCCUUCACCCCACUGGUAAGAGCGCGGACGAACGCUAUCUGA